AUGGCGUCGGUAGACGGGUUUCAGGUCCCUUCGGACGAUGAUUACGACGCUCUAUACCAGAUAUUCAACCAGUAUUGCUGCCUCGGCACGGCGCGCGAGGUGGAUGAGAUGGACAACAUCAAGUUCGUGCGAUUCUGUCGUGACCUGGGGAUCAUCGCGCACGGGGGGGGCGGCGCGGGGCUGCACGUCACGGACGUCGACCUUCUCUUCGUCACCAUCAAGCCGCGCGGCCGCAAGAAGCUGACGUUCGACAACUGCUGCGACGCCGUGGCCGUCAUGGCCGACAAGCUGGGCGUCGCCUCCACCGAUCUCAUCCGUCAGGCCAUCGCCAUGGACCUGCCGCAGCCCGCGCUGACGUCCGCGACGCGCCACUCCAUGACUCUCUCCCACCACGUCUCCUCGUCGCUCCUCGCGUCGCACCAAACCCUCUCCUCCGCGCACUCGCGCCGCCUCUCCCUCCCGCACCCCGCUGCCGCGCACGCGCUCUCCGCGCACGCCGUCUCCGCGCACGCUGGGUACACCCACGCGGCGUCCGCGCACGCUGCGCCCGCCUCCCCCGCCACCAUCACGCCCCUCGCCGCCCAGACUUCCUACUCUCUCAGAGAGGGCCGAGGCGGACGACCCGCGGGUGCUGCUGCUGCGGGUGGUGGUUCCGCUGGGGGGUUCGGGGGAGGAGGGGGUGGCGCGGGGGACAUAGUGCCGCCAGGCGACGAGUUUCCCCCGAGGCUGAGGCUCAUCCGCACGCGGUCGCUGGAGGCGGAGGAGGGCGCGCCCGCGCACGCGCGCGCUUCUGCUGGCGGGUUGGGGGCGUCUCAUGCCACAGGCGCGCGGGCGGCAGAUGGACACGUGGGGGAAGGAGAGGCCUGCCGCCCAGAGCCGCUGAGCGAGCUGACGUCAUCGCUGUCGGCUCACAACUCGCAUGAAGGCAGGGUGAUGGGCGGGGGCGAGAAGUGGGGGCGAGGGGCAGACGGAGGGCAGCAGGCGGGGGUGGUUGGCGCGGGGAGGGGUGCAGGCGAGUGGAACGAGAACGCGCAGGGCGGGGGGCUGUAUGCGCAGAGGACAGCAGUGGCGGGUGGGCAAGAUAGGGAGGCGUCGGGGCACUUGCACGGUGGGGAGGAGGUGGCGGCGAGAGGGGGGUAUGCACGGAGGGUAGCAGAUGGUGAUGAUGAUGGCGACAGCAGUGCUGUGGGCUGGACGGAUGGUGCCAUGGGGCGAGCCAUGGUGUCCGCUGUGGCAGCAGCAGCCAAGGAUUUGAGGCAGGGCCGCGGGGGGCUGGCAGGAGGCGGAGCAGGCGGACGUGCCCAGCAGUAUGAUGAUGAGGAGGGCAGCAGCGCGGAUCGGCGGCUGACAAAUGAGGACCCGGCAGCGUCAGCAGCGGAGGGCGCGGUGGCGAGUCUCAUGUUCUUCGAUGCCUUCCGCUUCUUCUCCCUCCCCCACUUCGCCCGCCACCACUUCGUUCCCCUGGCGCAGUGCAGCAGGCAUCAGCUGCAGGGGCUGCCACCACCGCGCAUGGACAGCAUUCGAUUCAUUAAGAUGUGCAAGGAGACCGCCAUCCUCGACGCCCGCUUCACCACCACCAGUGCGGACAUUAUUUUCAGCAAGGUGACACGGGGCAGCGAGCGCAAACUCUCCGUCUACACGCUAGCCGCCGCACUGCACCUCAUCGAGGCAGAGAAGGGCCUCGCUCCGCCCGCCCUGGAGCGCAUCAUCAUCGCCCACUUCCUCUCCCACGUUCCCGCCGCCGUCCUCCCGCCGCCCGGCACCAACCCCCUCGCCCUCCUCCCCUGUGGCCGCGUCCGACUGCAGCAGCCAGCAGCAGCAGCAGCAGCGGCAGCGGCAGCAGCUGGAGUGGAUGCAGCAGAGUGCUGA